AAUAAUAAGAAGGUUAGUGCAGUCGAUACUGGUUACCGAUCCAGUCUGGCGGAUCCUCCUCUUUGGGAUCAGUUUCUGAGACUCCAUAAUUGGAGCUAAAUCUGAUUUUCGGGAAUGUUACCUGUGAAGGUCAUGUGACGAGCUGCUUUGUAUAUUCCUUAUAUAUAUAUUAACCACAACAAACCUUAUAUAAUCUAAUCUCUGAGAUUCACUGCUACGCUCCGCCCACUCCUGUCACAUGACCAUCCUCACAGGUCCUUCAAGGCAAUUUCUCCCUUACUGCUGAGCUCCGCCCCCACAUGUACUGGUCACAUGAUUGUGACAUCAUCACAGGUCCUACACCUCCAGCAUCAAGGAGAUACAGAGCAGGUCCUGGUCGGGCAGUCAAAAGUAAGGCCUGGCAGGACUAUCCCCUCCAGCUGACCCAGUUGUCUCCUCUUCUCCCGAAUGAUCCCCCAAGGAUGGACAAGGACAGGAAUGAGAUGACUAAGAGAAUAUUACACUUCACCUUGGAGAUCCUCCACCUGCUGACCGGAGAGGAUUACACCAUAGUGAAGAAGACAUGGGGGGAGUGUGUGGCCUCCAGCAGCCAUCUCUAUGAGUCAGAAGGACGGAGCAGGGCCCCGGGCCCUAAUACAGAGCCUCCACCUCUUUCACAGAUACAUGAGGAGAAGAUCCUAGAACUCACCCACAGGAUCACUGAGCUGCUGACUGGAGAGGUUCCUAUAAGGUGUCAGGAUGUGGCGGUCUAUUUCUCCAUGGAGGAGUGGGAGUAUGUAGAAGGACACGAGGAUCUGUACCAGGACAUAGUCAUGAUGGAGGAUCACCGGCCCCUCACAUCACAAGAUGAAGUCAUUGAUAGAAAUCCACCCGAGAGGUGUCCCUGUCCAGAAGGAAAUGUCCCAGAGAACCAUCAGGAUGAGUACCUGACCAUUAUAAAAGUGGAGGAUGAAGCAGAAGAAGAGGGGAUGAGGGGCGAUCACCCGUGUAUGCGGGAAGUGAAAGAGGAAAUUCCAGCAGGUGUUACCCCAGAAAAUCCCAGUAAGAAUUCUGAGGGAAACUUCAUGUCAUCCCUGAAUGAUAAAGGAGAAGAUGAAGAUAUGAUGGAGCGCUCCUCAGGAGAAGACCUCCUUACCCCUAAUGUCCAUCCAGAUCUAUCCUAUAAUAAUCCACCUGAUCAUGAGGAACCUUCUCCUGACCAACCACACAUUGUUACCACAAGGACAGAGCAGGAACAUGGGAAAGGUUUAUAUUGUGAGGAAUGUGGAAAACAGUUUACAAGAAGAUCAGAUCUUUUUAGGCACAGAAGAAGUCACACUGGAGAGACUUCAUGUUCAGAAUGUGGAAAAUGUUUUGCAUAUAAAUCAGAACUUGUUAUACAUGAGAGAAGUCACACAGGAGAGAAGCCGUAUUCAUGUUCAAAGUGUGGAAAAUGCUUUGCAUAUAAAUCAGAACUUGUUAUACAUGAGAGGACUCACACUGGUGAAAAGCCAUAUUCAUGUUCAGAAUGUGGGAAAUGUUUCCCACGUAAAUCAGAUCUUGUUAAACAUGAGCGACUUCACACAGGAGAGAAGCCGUAUUUAUGUUCAGAAUGUGGGAAAUGUUUUGUUAAUAAAUCAAAUCUUGUAACACAUGAGAGAGUUCACACGGGAGCAAAGCCAUAUUCAUGUUCAGUAUGUGGGAAAUGCUUUACAGAUAAACCAAGCCUAGUUAAACAUGAGCGAGUUCACACAGGGGAGAAGCCGUAUUCAUGUUCAGAAUGUGGGAAAGGGUUUACAGAUAAACCAAGUCUUGUUAAACAUGAGCGAGUUCACACAGGGGAGAAGCCGUAUUCAUGUUCAGAAUGUGGAAAAUGUUUUGCAAAUAAAUCAAAUCUUGUUACACAUGAGCGAAUUCACACGGGAGAGAAGCCGUAUUCAUGUUCAGAAUGCGGGAGAUGCUUUACAGAUAAACCAAGUCUUGCUAAACAUGAGAAAAUUCACACAGGAGAGAAGCCGUAUUCAUGUUCAGAAUGUGGGAAAUGCUUUGCAAGAAAACUAGAUCUUGUUGUACAUAUGAGAACUCACACAGGGGAGAAGCCAUAUUCAUGUUCUGAAUGCGGGAAAUGCUUUUCAGAUAAAUCGAGUUUUGUUAAACACGAGAGAACUCACACAGGAAAGAUGAUGUUUUUGAAGGAAUCCAAAAUCCAAAGUGGUUUUUCUGCUCCUCCUCUUCAGGACUAUCCCCUCCAGCUGACCCAGUUGUCUCCUCUUCUCCUGAAUGAUCCCCCAAGGAUGGACAAGGACAGGAAUGAGAUGACUAAGAGAAUAUUACACUUCACCUUGGAGAUCCUCCACCUGCUGACCGGAGAGGAUUACACCAUAGUGAAGAAGACGUGGGGGGAGUGUGUGGCCCCCAGCAGCCAUCUCCAUGAAUCAGGAGGAUGGGGCAGGGCCCGGGACCCCAUCGCAGAGCCUCCACCUCUCUCACAUAUACAUGAGCAGAAGAUCAUAGAACUCACCCACAGGAUCACUGAGCUGCUGACUGGAGAGGUUCCUAUAAAUUGUCAGGAUGUUGAUUUCUCCAUGAAGAGGUGGGAGUAUAUAGAAGGACAUGAGGAUCUGGACAUAGUCAUGGUGGAGGAUCACCGGCCCCUCACAUCACAAGAUGGAGUCAUUGAUAGAAAUCCACCCGAGAGGUGUCCCCGUCCUCUGUAUUCCCAGGACUGUCCAGAGGGAAAUGUCCCAGAGAAGCAUCAGGGGGGAGAUCUGACCAUUAUUAAAGUGGAGGAUGAAGCAGAAGACAGGAUGAGGAAAAUGAAGGAGGAAUUUCCAGGAGGUUUUACCCCAGAAAAUCCCAGUAAGAAUUCUGAGGGAAACAUCAUGUUAUCCCUGAAUGAUAAAGGAGAAGAUGAAGAUAUCAUGAAGCGCUCCUCAGGAGAAGACCUCCUUACCCCUAAUGUCUAUCCAGAUCUAUCCUAUAAUAAUCCACCUGAUCAUGAGGAACCUUCUCCUGACCAACCACACAUUGUUACCACAAGGACAGAUCAGAAAUGGGGCAUAAGGUUUCAAUGUAAUGAAUGUGGAAAAGAGUUUACAAGAAGAUGGAGUCUUUUUGCACACAGAAGAAUUCACACAGGAGAGAAGUUGUAUUCAUGUUCAGAAUGUGGGAAAUGCUUUGGAAGUAAAUCAAGUCUUGUUACGCACAAGAGAAUUCACACAGGGGAGAAGCCGUAUUCAUGUUCAGAAUGUGGGAAAUGUUUUAGAAGUAAAUCAGAUCUUGUUAAACAUGAGAGAAGUCACACAGGAGAGAAGCCAUAUUUAUGUACAGAAUGUGGGAAAUGUUUUGCAAAGACAUCCCAUCUUGUUAUGCAUCAGAGAAUUCACACAGGAGAAAAGCCAUAUUCCUGUUCAGAAUGCGGAAAAUGUUUUACAAGUAAAUCAGAGCGGGUUAAACAUGAAAGACGUCAUACAGGAGAAAAACCGUAUACAUGUUCAGAAUGUGGGAAAUGCUUUACUGGAAAAUCUAAUCUUGUCAGACAUGAGAGAAGUCACACUGGAGAAAAGCCGUAUUCUUGCCCGGAAUGUGGGAAAGGUUUUAAAGAUAAAUCAAACCUUGUUCAACAUGAAAGAAGUCACACUGGAGAAAAACCAUAUUCGUGUACAGAAUGUGGGAAAUGUUUUAAGAGUAAAUCAGAACUGGUAAUACACCAGAGAAGUCACACAGGAGAGAAACCGUAUUCGUGUUCAGAAUGUGGGAAAUGUUUUAUCACUAAAGGCAAACUAAGCAAUCAUCAGAGAAGUCACGCAGAAGAGAAUUAUGUUACUGUUGUCAUAAGCUAGCCCAGAGUGAUAUACAGUGAUCCCUCAACUUACAAUGGACACAACAUACAAUCGUUUCAACAUACAAUGGUCUUUUCUGGACCAUUGUAACUUGAAACCAGAUUCACCAUACAGUGCUACUGACAUUCCAGAUCUGUGAAACAUGUCAAUGGCUGGAAGAACUGAACAAUCAGAAUGGGCAUUUUACUGGUAAAACACCUGUAUUACUGAAGUGCAUGCAUUGACUGGCUAUCUGGUAGCACCCCCUACAUUACAGGGAGGUAUUACAUGUUCUGUACUACUCUUUACCUGUACCAGGGUUAGCUGAUCCUUUGGACACCAGGUAAGGAUGGCUCAUUACUUUUUUGGGACAUUGUGUGUACUGUACAGGACCGUAAAGAAGCUUAUUUCCUCUACAUAGACAGUGAUUACAGCUUCCAGCAGCUCUUUAUUACUUUUAUAUGUAAGGAUUUGCUUUAUCUAUAUUAGUUAUCUACUUUUUUUUGUUUAAUCCUCACUUUUUACUAUUUUUGGAUGACAUUUUGGUGGCUUCAAAACCAAUUACCGGGUUUCCAUAGAGUUAUGGUCUCAACAUACAAUGGUUUCAACAUACAAUGGUCGUCCUGGAACCAAUCAAUAUUGGAACUUGAGGGACCACUGUAGUAAAGGAGUAAGACAUGUAAAUGUCUUUUUCCCCAGACUGACCAAUAGACUUGGACUUGAUAGACUUCUUCAGAGGGUUCUUGGCUAUCGAAAAGGAUUCCAGGGACGUGCCGUUUUCCUUUUAGAGCUUGUGCCUGUCAGAAAGGCCAUGUUUGGCCAAGUACCUUCUAUACCAGCAUUCUGCUUACAGUAGCGAUGGAGACAUUAGACUUCUAUUGAAGGACACAUAGAGGGUUAUUUACUAAAGUGAUCCCGACAGGUUCUUUUUAUUAGGUAUUGUGCCGAAAUUGUGUCGCACACUUCAAUUAAAAAAACAGACCAACUCUCCAUUUUACUCCGAAAGGGAUGUGGGCACCCAAAGGUGGCGUGUCCCUGACAUUUUUUUUUAAUUCCUCCAUAUUUACUAAUGUUUCCACAUAAAAUGUGGUGGGUUUGAGCUCUGGAAAACCUGACCGCUAAGAGCAAAAAGCAAAAGGUAGGAAAAAGUGCAAAAUGUAGGGAAAGCUUAGUAAACACCGUGGAAAAAUACCUGUUGAGAAUCUAUAUCCACAAAGAAAACUACACUCCACUCUAAGUAAAUCAGGGCCAUUGUAACUAUUCCAGGUAUCUCUUGGACUCCAUUAAACUUACUGCUCUCCUUUGAAGAUCGUCUCCCUUUUUGGGGGGUUUCGGGAACAUUGUUUUAGUUUCACCAUUUCCUCAGGUUGUAUUUCAAUCAUCCAGCUUUUUGUACUAAUACAGAUAGAUAAAGACAGAAGUCCUUUUAUUUUCUCUUGGUAACUGGAUGUCAUCCACAUGUUGUAAUACAUUGUUCCCCCCCGACAUACGAACGAUUCAACUUAUUAUGUCUUCUAAGAGGCCAUGGUAAGUUGAAAUACAGCAGUGACUUGCCAUGCGCUCAUUACUGGGGCUCCUAGUACACAGCCAUCACGUCCCCUCCUGUAGACGUGAAUGAAGGGGGCAUGGCUUCCGUGUUAAGAACAACGUGGUGCCGGCAUGGAGAUUGGGGGAGGGGGUUCCCAGCGGCCAAACCCCCUGAGAUCUGACAUCUUAUACCCUAUCCCUUUGAAUAUUGGAUAGGAUGUCUACAGGCUGCGCACCCCUUUUAAGGGAACCUGUCAUCACAUUUUACCCUAUAUAGUAACAUGGUUCCUAAGGUUGAAAAAAGACCAGAGUCCAUCAAGUUCAACCUGUAUGAGUCCCUACUGGGUUGAUUAAGAGGAAGGCAAAAAACCCUCAUCUUAGAGGUAAAAAUUCCUUCCCGACUCCAAAUAUGGCAGUUAGAAUAAAUCCCUGGAUAAACCUUCUUUCCCUAUAAAUCUAGAAUCCAUAACCUGUAAUGUUAUUACUCUCCAAAAAUGCAGCCAGGCCCCUUUUUAACCCUUUUACAGAGUUCACCAUGACCACCUCCUCCGGGAGAGAGUUCCACAGUUUCACUGCUCUUACAGUAAAGAACCCCCGUCUGUGCUGGUGUAGAAACCUUCUUUCCUCCAAACAAAGAGGAUGCCCCCUUUUUAUAGAUACAGUCCUGGGUAAAGAUAGAUCAUGAGAGAGAUCUCUGUACGGUCCCCUGAUAUAUUUAUACAUAGUUAUUAGGUCACCCCCUAAGCCUUCUUUUCUAAACUAAAUAAUCCUAAUUCUAAAAAUCUUUCUGGGUACUGUAGUCCUCCCAUUCCCCGUAUUACUCUGGUUACCCAUCUGUGAACCCUCUCCAGCUCCACUAUAUCUUUCUUGUACACUGGUGCCCAGUACUGUACACAGUAUUCUAUGUGUGGUCUAACUAGUGAUUUGUAUAGUGGUAGAAUUAUUUCCUUGUCGUGGGCAUCUAUGCCCCUCUUGAUGCCCCCCAUGAUUUUAUUUGCCUUGGCAGCAGUUGCCCAACACUGGUAACUACAGCUAACUUUACUGUUAACUAAAACUCCCAAGUCCUUAAAAUGUCCCAAAUGUUCUCCCAUAUAAUACAUAAUCCCAGCCUGGAUUUUUUCUUCCCAUGUGCAUAACCUUACAUUUAUCAGUGUUGAACCUCAUCUGCCACUUCCCAGCCCAAACCUCCUACCUAUCCAGAUCCAUUUGUAACAGUGCACAGUCCUCUAUUGUGUCAUCUGCUAUACACAGUGUACUUUCCUCUAUUGUGUUAACUACUAUAUGCAGUGCACUGUCCUCUAUUGUGUUAACCACUUUACAGAGUUUAGUUUCAUCUGCAAAGAUGGCUACUUUACUAUUCAACCCCUCUACAAGGUCAUUAAUGAAUAUAUUAAAUAGAAUAGGACCCAAGACUGACCCCUGUGGUCCCCACUGGUAAGUCACUCAGAAUAAGUACCAUUAAUAACCACUCUUUUACUAUCCCCAAGCCAGGUAAAUACCCACUUGCAUUAAUUUCCCCCCCGCCCAGUCCUUCUCAUUUUAUACACCAACCUACCAAAAAGAACCACUAACACAUAACUAUAUUAAUAAAUGUGUUCUCUUUAUUAAGUCUGAUCAACAUAAAAAAUCACAUAAAAGUAUGUACACAGCAAGGGAAACUGAAAACAAAAAGAUACUGAGGUGGACAAGAACCCCCCCCCCCAAAAAAAAACCUUAGUAGCUGUUCACAUGUAAUGCAUAAGUUGGUAAAUGGUAGCAGGGAAACAAAAAUCACAAUUUCAUAAAUAGGCUAGCAAUGCUAGUAAAGUAGUAGAAAAAAGGUACCGAGUAGUUCUAGCUGUACCCCACAUAUGCAUCAAAAGACAUCCCGGAUGUGCAAGCAAAAUCUGAGCCUAAGGGUGCUUUCCCAUAGGGCGUAUGCGCAGCGUAUUU